AACCAAAGAGCACCAACUGUCAAAACAUAAUGAAAGAUCGUCGCGAUAAAAAAUAUAUUAUCGUUUAAGCGCACAUACGUGUUUUUUUAAAAUUGUGCAUUGCUUUAUUAUUAACGACGCGAUGAAAAAGAACACAGAUAGGUUUAGAAUUUCAAAAGAUUAUUUAUUACCGGGUAUACUUUUCGCGUUGGUGAUUCGAUGGUGUGUCGCCGCGUACCCGUAUUCCGGCUACAAAUCUCCGCCGAUGUACGGAGAUUUCGAAGCUCAAAGACACUGGCAGGAGAUAACACUGCACACGCCACUAACCAAGUGGUAUAUUAACACGACUCAAAACGAUUUGGAAUAUUGGGGGUUAGACUACCCUCCACUUACGGCAUAUCAUAUGUUACUUCUUGCUUACGUUGGAGAAUGGCUGGACCCGGAAUCCGUACGACUCUUCGCCUCAAGAGGCUACGAAAACGAGAAUCAUAAAGAAUUUAUGAGAUGGACUGUUUUUUUAAGUGAUUUAUACAUUUAUGUGCCAGCUGCAUUUUGUCUUUGUAUAGAAGCACAGAGAAUCAAGGCUAAGGGGGACAAAAAUGUAUUCAAAAGGGUAGAUGUAGCUAUUACAAUUCUCUUGCUGUAUCCAGGUUUAAUAUUAAUAGAUCAUGGUCAUUUUCAAUACAACUGUAUAUCCUUGGGUUUGUUCCUUGCCGCAACAUUUUGCAUAUUAGCUAUAGAAAAUGAUAUUCUAGCAACUAUAUGUUUUAUGAUGGCGAUAAAUUACAAACAGAUGGAAUUGUAUCAUUCUUUGCCAUUUUUCUUUUAUCUUUUAAGGAAAUGUUUCAUAUCUGUUGGUUCCAGGAGAAGAAUCUUUACUUUUAUAAGUCAGUUUAAUAAGUUAGCAGUGGUUGUGGUUUGUAGUUUUGGUAUAAUAUACUAUCCUUUCUUGAGUUCGUGGGAUACCGUGUCUCAUGUCUUGUAUAGAAUGUUUCCGCUGAAACGAGGUGUGUUUGAAGACAAAGUAUCGAAUGUGUGGUGUUUUAUUAAUGUAUUUAUUAAGUUAAAAUCAAUUUAUACGAAUGAAAUGAUGGCAAAAAUAUGUCUGCUCACAACAGCUCUAGCUGUGAUGCCGUCUUGUUUAGAUUUGUUCAUUAGAAUUAAUAAAAAGAAGUUUGUUUUAUCCCUUAUAAAUGUAUCAUUAGCUUUUUUCUUGUUUUCAUUCCAAGUUCAUGAAAAAACUAUUUUACUCGUUGCUAUUCCUGUAGCCUUACAUCUUGCGGAUGAUCCUUUUAUGUGCUUCUGGUUUUUACUUGUGUCUAACUUCAGUAUGCUUCCUUUAUUCCUUAAAGAUGGACUUCUAUUACCUUUUGUAACAACUACAUUGAUUUAUGUGUUUGUUUAUAGUGUAGCGUUGAAAAUGGCAGAUAAUACAGCAGGUAUAUUAACAUUUAUAAAUGCGAAUAGAGUUUAUAGAACUGUAAAAAGAGAUGGGAAUAAAGAUUCAAUGUUUUUAAAAAUUGUCAGUCACUAUUUCUUCUUUUCUCUACUUGGUAUGGUAUUUUUAACUAUAUGCCUAAUUUAUGUAAAGCCUCCGACGAAGUUUCCAGAUCUCUAUCCAUUGUUGAUUUCUGUGUAUUCAUGUUCUCACUUUUUAUUAUUCUUUCUGUAUUUUAAUUAUCAACAAUUAAUUUUGCCGAAAUGUUUGCCAUUACCGCAGAAGGUAAAGGCGAAAUAAUUGUAUGGAAUACAUUAGUCUGCUUUUAAUUGAUUUAAUAAAAUUAUUGAAUAACA